GCUCCCCUAACCACAUAUCCACCACUUCACCAUCCAUGCCCGGUUUCAAAAAAUUGUGCUACAAUUCAUGGCAUAUAAGCCAAAAGGUGAAGCGAUACAAUAAACAAAGACCUUCUUUUUCCUUCUAAUAUGUCAUGACAAUAAACCUAAUUUCCUGUCAGCGGAGGUUUAUCAAGGUCGAGAGAAACAAAUGCAGCUGAAAUAUCUUUCUUGGGAUGUCCCAUCGCUGGAAUCUAACAUCCAUCCACAGUUACAGUAAGUUAUAUGGACGAUUCAGGCAGGCCAUACCAUUCAUAUUAUAUUAUACAAUAACAAAAACAACUUUUGGUAUAUGCGCCACCAGUUUUACUGUUGCACAAAUAUUUGCUUCAGUUACCAUGGUGAUUGGGACUUUGACUCUUAAAAAUAUGACACCUUGUCUCCACACAAGAGCUAAGUAAAAAAGCAAGUCGAAGAUCAACUGGUUCCAAAAUCAAUACAAUGUUCUGGAAGAAUUCAAUAGAUGUCAAAGAUCAAUUUCUGAAUAAAUAAUGUAUCAAGCAGGCUGAAAGCUUAACAACAGGCUAUCACGUUUGGGUUUUCCCAUGAUGAGAAACUGAAGCAAAUUUAUUCAUGUUCGCCAGAAUGAAAUUACGGUAUCGUCUCCAAAAAAAGAAAUAUAAGGCGGUCCAUAGAAAUAUCAAUGCAUUUGCAUACAAUGAUCUCAUCCUUAUGGGGAAUUCCAGCGUUUGAUAAUUUUGUAAGAGUACGGAAACAGUCAAGCUUCUGAGAUAUCUACAAGCCAAUAUAUCCUAAUCGCCAAGCACCUGUUAACCUUUCCAUUAUGAGCUAUUCUUACUACAAGCACAAUGUGGUAUGAAAGUGCAGAGAUCAACAUGCAGCCUCAUCAUCAAAAGGAUGAACUUUAUGAAGGAUUGGGACAAUCAGAUUUUCUCAUAAAGAAAGAAGAAGAAAAUUAUCCAAUAAAUGUGGAAAAAAAGUCUAGUCCACAGACUGUUGACAACAGAGGGGGCAAAACAACAGCUUUCAAAGAGUAUCUUGAAGAUGACUUCUUGUGGGCCUCAUCACACUCUUUUCAACUACCGCUAACUUUUCCGAAGAGAGGUGAACAUGUGGUAGCAUUCCAAGAGUAUAUCCAAGCCAAUCGAGCAGAAUCAAUCUCCUGGACAGACACAAAUCCUCAAUUUCAGCCUACUGAGCAUCGAAAGAGAAAGGCUGGGAGUUCAUUUCCAGACGACCAAAAUAAUGAACAACCUUUGGAAAAUAAAAAGAAGAAACAACGCUAUCAUCUUGUUCUGGAUGCAGAAACUCCCACAAAUCCUAAUGAGCAAAUGGUUGAAAAUUUUCCAUGUGAACCACCAGGAGCUACUGGUAUCUAUAAGCCAAUAACUGCAUAUGGGACUACAUAUCCGUGUAACCCACCAACACCAGACCCCUGGCAGGUAUAGAAGAACAAAAUGGAGAACGUACUUGAAUAUCCGGACGGACAGAACCAGACAGGAGCAGUGAGAAACCAUGGCUCUUAAGUCUGUGCUUUCCCCUAACGGCAGACACGUUUAUUAUUGUGGAGGCAUGGAAUCUGAAUACUUCACCGUGCAUUUGAUGGAUUGCGAGUUCAAUUUAAACAAUCUAAUCCGUUUUGAACUCAGUGAGAAUAACAUAGAAGUCUGAUCAAGCGCGGGGUAAAUUAUUCAUUUCAUGCCAAAACUGCUGCACUCAAUUAAAAAUUAGAAACUUUCACCGUGAAUGGUGGUGUUAUGGGAAUAUGUAGAUAUACAUUGUAAUGCAGAUGCUUUGCGUGUAGUUUGUUGUUUUGUUUCUUGCUUUUUGUUUUUUUUGGUUUGUUUUGCUUGCUUACUGCAUAGUUAGGAAUUAAAGAUUAUUUACACUGUACAUACUGACUUAUGAAAUUGUGAAAGGAUUUGUGAAAUUAAUGGUUAAGGGAUAAUUAGCACUGUAUAAAAUUGGCAUCUAUGUUUAAUUACAUUGGUAAAUGUUAAUCAUUUCAUUUUGCAUUUUGAAACUAAGGAUUUGUCAAGUAAAGCAGUUUUCUAGCUUACAAUUUCAAGACACAUCUGGAAAAAAGAGGACCAUGCAGAAAGAAUCAUUUACAUUUAAAAAAGUGGGAGGAAAACCUCAGUCAAAUAUCCUGAGACAACCCACAAAAUCAGGUAUAGAUCAACACCCAAUCUGAGUUACCUGUAUGUCCUGGGUGGGAUGUGAACCUGAGUCAAUGAGAAGGAAAGUGUGGGAAGUGCUCCUGCACUAACCAACCAGAUACUUGCUUUGGCAUAUUUCCAUGAAUAUCUGCGAUAUGUAGGUAUCCCCCUUUUUGUUAGGUAAAAAAAUUCCCACUCAAAAAAUACACAUGCAUUACAUACUACAUGUAUGUAUCUGUAUAGUACAAGUGUCUGGUGAAGUUGAUCUGCAUGGUACACGCAUUCACUCCUUUACAUAUGGUACAUUUUUAUUAUUUUCAAAAGAGACAAAUCUGAGGAGAUGCCAUUCCUGCUGGGCGAUCAUACUCAAGCACACAGGUUUUAAAUUGAGUGCGUGCAUACUUUUUACAAGUCACAACCACCCUAUUGGUCAGAGAAAAAAAUGUGCGUAACAUGUUCAUGUACCACCUGCGUGCAAACUGGAUGGCCCCAAAGCAAUGGCUUCUAAUCUGGUCACUCAAAUAGUUUAUACCGAGAUCUGUUGUAUGAUAACAGAGGCAAAUUUUUAAAACAACUUGGCCCUGGUUCAGACCAACGUAUAAAAUAAUUAUUUUGAUAAUUAGUACUAAUGAGAGCUAUUCACAAGACAGUGGGUCACCAAGUAUUUGCCUCAAUCGUGGGAAGCCACUUUUUUAAUUGUAGGGUUGAUAUGCAUACAUUUUCAAGUACUCAGAGGCACCAAGGAGUAGAGAAAGAGUCAUAUCUAUCAAAUAGCAAAACUUGCAUGAGCAAAAACAAAUCCAUGCAAGUGGUUCAGUACCGAAACCUGGUGCACACCAACCUUCAGCUCAAAACGCCUCCUAUCCCCUGCACGUGUCCUCACUGCGGUGAUUGAUCCCGUGUACAGCAUCAUCACUGCUCUCACCGGCCAUUCCUCAACACCCCUCUUCCUCUUCCUCAAGGCCCAUCCCACAGCCUCCCUUGGGACUUGGUCAAAAGCCUUCUCCAGGUCCACAAACACAAGGUAGAGUUUCAUCUUCUUGGCCUGAAAGUUUUCCUCCAGCUGUUGCACAAUGAAAAUGACAUUGGUAGCUCCUCUGCCAGGCAUAAAUCCACCGCGCAUUCUCAGACGUACCUCAAAUACCCUCUCCCACACCUUCAUGGCCUACUCCGAGCUUGGUGGCCCUGAAAGAACUGCACUGCAAUAGAUCACCCUUGCAUUUGAACAGGGGAGCAAGAUGCUGUUCUGCCAAUCAGUAGGAAUACGACCUUGUGCCAGAGUGGAACUGUACAAGGCUGUCAUCCACUGGAUAUCAACAUCAGCCGAGGCCUUCAUCAUUUCACUAAGUACUUCAGAUGGUCCAGCAGCUUUCCCAGACUUGGUGUGUUUCAGUGCCUCAAUCACCCCCACUCCUCAAUAAGGCUAUACAGGCCUUCCACCACUUUAUUCUCCACCUCCCUGUCCUACUCAUUCUUCAAAUGGAGCCGCUGCUCCAUGUAUCUCCUUUAUACCUCCUGUUUGCCUUCGCUAUCUAUCACUUCGUUACCAAGUUCACAACAGCUCACAACUCACAACAGCCACAUCCUGCCGUUUCUUCACCAACUGCUUGGCAGUCUUGAAAAAUUGCCUCCUACCCUCGCCACUGCGUAACUCCGUGGAAAACUCCCUUCUCUUGGCAUUUUGUGCCAUCCACAUCCAUCUUCACGAUGUCUGCUUUGCCUCAAGGUAGGCCAACCUAUCCAUCUCCUCACCUAAUGACUUCCAUGAGUUAAAGCGAUGCUUCUUCUCAUCCACGGCACUCCCGACCUCUUCAGUCCACACCAGGUCUCCCUUGUGCCUAGACUUGCCCUUUGUCCAUCACCCACAAACCACUUGGGCAACCUGCAACCAGAUGUUUCUUGGCCAAGACCACCAGUCAUCCACACUCUCUUCAAUCACAGCCUGCUCUGCCAACUCCUCCACCCUUAACUCUAACACUCCUCAGUCCUCCAACAGGUGAAGGAUUGAGAAGGGUUAGGGUUAAUCUAAACCGUUUGCUCAAGUCCUCCUUGACUAACCGCUGCACCCCCAAUCUUGGCAUGUGCUUCUUUCUAAUCUUCCUAGCACCAACUGGAACCAUAAAGCCAGCUCACCAAUGAUGAAACAGUGUUGUGAAACACACACCUCCCUGGCAAUGACCUUGACAUCCUCCACCAUGGUAAGGCCCCCUAUCCUGACCAUCAGGGAGUCUAUAGCACUGUUGCAUCCUCAUGAACUGUAUGUCACCUGCUGGUUAGCCGACUUUCUGAGACAAAGUGUUACAUAUCACUAACUGGACUGCAUCAACAGACUUUAGGAUCUGCACACCUUCAGUAUUCCUCUUAUUGUAGUUCAUACAACCGUGCACACCAUCAUAGCUACCUGCCAUUGCACCAACGUGUACCGGUAUUUAUCAAUGCUUUUCCCAUAAAGAAGUCAGGCCAAUCUCGUGAGGAUCUUUAGAUUGCUAUUGGUGAAGCUGUAAUCCAGUACUGCCUGUAUCAGCACCUGCUACUGGUUCCAAGUUUCCUGACCCCACCCAAGCACUCAGUACCAAACACAGUCGGGUGAUUUCAAGGUAGUGGCCAUAAUCAAGGUUGAGAUGAGGCAGUGUGAAGAAGACCUUCCAUGGAAUGAACAAUUUUAAAGAUCACUGUUGGAAGGGGCUACCAAUCAUACACAAAAGAGAUGCUCUUACUUUCUGGUGACAACAUUUGGAUAGUAUAAAAGAAGAGAACACCACAAAUGUAAAGUUGGCCUCCCUCUGGUAACCUCUUGGUGAAGCACUGUAUUGAAAAAUCACUUCUUUAACAGCACCAAACCAGUAGUAUUAUACAAGCACAAGUAUGAUCAAUGAAGCAUGCCCAUUUUCAAGUAAGUUAAAUGACUUGAAACCUGGUUCAAAUCCUUGGUUCUAUUAAUACCACGCUGUACAUAGAAAAACUGGAAAUAAAAGUAGAUUACACUAUAUAUUGAAAUGAUA